AUGGAACUAGGAGAGGCAAAAGAAGCCCCGGCUUCAAUCAUCGAACAUCCGCCCAACGGGCCGGAAACCGAAAUCAAAUACCCCGACCCAGUAUAUGGCGCCUUCGGGGAGACAGAGAAUGGACCACUCUUCUGGGCGAAACGGGCGCAGGAAGCCCCAUGGGGGAGGUGCUUUAACGCACUGCAUACAAAAGGCAGUCUGCUUCACCGUAUGGUAGGCAUGACUUUGUUGCGGGAGCCAAUGCUGCAGAGGAACUCGAAAAACAACAAGCGCAAAACGGUCGACGGGGAGGCCUUCAAUGGCCAGAUUGCACAGUUUUUAUAUACGGCCGAGGCGUUAUUAGCUCACGCUGUGGGGGAAAGGCUUCCUACCGACCAGGCUUGCACAAGCUGCAAAAAGCGCAAUGGAAAAUUCGUUUCAUGCGUUUUGGUUCCUGGGCAGUCACACUGCACCAAUUGCUUAUGGCCGAAUCAAACGGACCGCUGCAAGUUUGAGACAAGCACCGAAUGUGUCCCAAAUCGAUGUACCAAGACACGGAAAAGGAAAAUCGAGAACAAACCACACGAGGGGGGUAUGCAGGCGAAGAAACGCCGAGAUUUAGGUGAACUGGACAUCAUUAUCACCAGUAUGGAGUGGAUCGUAUGCCACCAGAGAGAAGUACUCGAGGCCGGGGAGGAACAGCUACGCAAGAUGAAGGCAUAUCGUCAGCAGACCGCGGAGGAGCCAGACUUUUGA